UUUGAUGUCGGGGUCUUCAUCCCUACUGGCAUCAACAACCUCUUUUAUAAUCUCCUGGUCGCGAUGAUCAGAGCAAUUCUCGUGCUCAUCACCGUCCGUUCGAUAACUACUUCCAUACUUCUUGCUCAGUACUCUUGAUCUCUUCAGCACACCCUCAUUCGAAUUUCGAAUUUCUAAUUUCUAAUUUCAAAUGGGCUCUGGACCUGCUCAUUCGCAACCAAAGUGGGAGCUCCUAAACUUUCUAUUCUCGGUGAUAGCGAAGGAUGUUUGAUUUUAUCAGCAAUUAAUGGCAACAAGGAAAGGAACAAGGUGAUGAUCACAGAGAAUUGGACGGCGGAGAUCACAAGAUGGACCGCCGGAGUUGGCUGUGGCGGCGGAAGCCGUCGGAGAAGAGAACCGGUGGCGAGACCGAGAGCUCGGGCUCACCAUCUUCGCAUUCCGCGAGGUUUUCAGAUGAUCAGGAAGUGUUGAAGGUUUCUCCAAAUCACACUCAAUCCCCGGAGAUCUCUUCGAAAAGUGCUUCUGACGAAGUAAAUGAAACCGUAAAGGCUUUGACUGAGAAACUAUCGGGUGCGCUUUUGAAGAUAAGUGCUAAAGAGGAUUUAGUGAACCAGCAUGCAAAAGUCGCAGAAGAAGCUGUUCUAGGCUGGGAAAAAGCGGAAAAAGAAGUUUCAGCUUUGAAACAACAGCUUCAUGCUGCAGCUCAAAAGAACUCGAAUCUUGAAGAUAGGAUUGGACACCUCGAUGACGCCCUGAAGGAGUGCUUAAGGCAUCUCCGACGGUUAAGACAGGAUCAAGAACAGAAAAUUCAUGAUGGUCUCAUUCAGCAAAGUCAGAAGUGGGAGUCAGAAAGGCAGGAGCUUGAGAGAAAAGCAGUUGAUCUCCGAGCCCAGCUGGAAUCAAAAGCCGGAACUUCCAUCUCCUUCGACCAUGAGCUUUUCCUAAAACUCGAUUCUCUCGGGAAAGAGAAUUCGGCUCUUAAAGUUGAACUAAUGUCAUAUCGCGAGGAUCUCCAAAUCAGGACAGUAGAGAAAGAGCUUCUCACGAAAGCAGCAGAAGCGGCGAGUAAGCAGCACUUGGAGAGCGUAAAGAAGGCCGCCAAGAUCGAAGCCGAAUGCCGCCGGCUCCGCGCUUCCGCACGGAAAUCGAUGCUAACGAAUGAGUUUAGGCCUGUGCCGAGCUCGGUUUGCAUGGAAUCUAUCGCGGACAGUCUAUCAGACUGUGGCUCGGAUUCGUGGGCGUCAGCUCUAAUUAGCGAGCUUGAUCAGUUCAAAAGUGAGAAGAGAAGUACGAGAAGUAUCACUCCUUCGGUAGAAAUUGACUUAAUGGAUGAUUUUCUUGAAAUGGAAAGGCUCGCGGCAUUGCCCGAGGCUUCCCUCGGAAGCUCUGCUCAUGAGCUAGAAGCUGAUUCUGAAUGCACUGUUAGAAGAAGCUGCUUAUCGCAACAUGAAUUAGAAGAUGUAAAUGGACAAAUGGUUGAGUUAGAGGAGAAGGUUGCGAAGUUAGAGACCGGGAAAGGCGAACUUGAAAAGGCUUUGGAGAAAGCUCGGUAUCUGCUUUUGGCUUCGUCAGAGAAGUCGGACGAGUUGCAACGGCGGCUGAAUGUAUUAAAUGGGGAAAAGCAUGCUCUUGAGGUAGAAGCAGAAGCUAUGGAGGCAAAGAGAGGUGAAUUGGAACUUCAACUCGAUGCAGCACGGAUGGAAAUCGGGGACUUAAAGAAGAGGGUGGGAUUACUAGAAGAAAAGGUCGAAGACGAGAAGUGCUAUUCGGAGAAGCUCAAAGCUAGGUGUAAGAAAAUGGAUGCAUUGGAAGCUAAAAAAAAUGAGACGGAACUUCUUCUUGAAUCCGCACUUUCGGAUGCCAGAAUGUUGAGGGACAAGUCUAGUUUCUUAGAAAAGAAAGUUGAGGAGAAUACGGCGUUGUUGGAGAAAAAAGAGGCAAAGAAAAAAGAAGUAGAAUUCGAGCUCGGGCUAGCACAUAAAGAAAUCAUGAUGUUAAAGGAAAAAGUGAGUUCACUAGAAAGGAAAGUUGACGAAGAGAGGGCGUUGUCGAUCGAAUUCGAAUCUAAAUAUCAAGAAAUGGAGGACUUGGUAGCAAGAAACGAGGAAUUAUCCAAUAUGUAUCGGACUUCUGCGGAAGCCAAAGAGGCGAGGGCGAAGGAACUAGAAGAUCAACUAUACUUGGCAAAUCUUGAAGUUGAGAUGUUACGAAAGAAGGCGAGUUCAUUAGAAGAGAACGUUGAGGAAGAGAGGAAGUUGUCUGCAGUAAAUGCAGUUGAGAUAGAAGCUUCUAAAGUGAUGCAAAAAGAAACGGCGGCUAAGCUCGCGUCAGCACAAAGCAAAGCCGCAGAAUUACGUGGAAGUUUGGAUUUUUCACAAAAAGAAGUCCUCAAAGAGAAGGCUUUGUCAGCGAAAUUAGCAGCAAAGUGUCAGAAUUUAGAGGAUGAGUUGUUCAGAAGAAAAGGUGAAUAUGAUCAUAAACAGCCCAUGAUUGGCAGGGAUUUGAACAUUAAACAGGAGAAAGAGCUCGGUCACGCGGCCGAUAAGCUAGCAAAGUGCCAGAAAACAAUAGCUUCUCUUCACCAGCAGCUGAAGACAUUAGCAUCUUUUGAUGAUUUCCUGCUUGAAGCUGAGAAGAUGGAGUUAACUAUUGAAAACACUUUGGUUGUUUGACAUCACAAGCUUCAUCAUCCUGUUGAUCUGGGCUCGAAGAGCUCGAAUCUCAAAGCAGAAGUGCAAGUCAUACAGAUAGAGAGUAAACAUAUAGAAAGAAAAUAAUUUUUUUAGUUUUUGUAGAUUGAUGUAUAUUGAAGCAAAUUGUGACAUGUGGGACAUGCUUUUAUUUUCCUUUUUGGUGUUGUUGUUUCUAGUUUUUGUUUAUUAUUAUUAUUAUUAUUAUUAUUUUAUGUGAUUGUUAUUAGAGAGAUACCUUUUUGUGGAUCUAUUAACUGUUUCUUUUAGUUAAA